ACGCUUCUCACCAAGGUACCACCUUUACGUUUUCUUAUGAACUAAGAAGGAAAAAAAAAGGAAGCAAAACCUAAAGAGUGAGAGCGACAUAGACAGAGAGAUAGAACACGAAGCACACAGAAAGAUAAAGCAUCUUUGACGCAAAGCCAGAAAACGAUCGGAGUUUCGGAGAGAGAUGGAGAGGAAAAAACUGGUGAUUUGCGUUGUUGUAGCUCUCUUGGGUGCAUUAUCAGCUGCUGCUGGUUUUGGUGCCGAAGCAACCAGGAUCAAGAGUUCCCAGGUCAAGUAUAACUCGACAGAUUCUGCCUCAGGAUGCUCUUACCCAAGAAGUCCAGCUUUCAAUCUUGGCUUCACUUCAGCUGUGAUUCUAAUGAUAGCCCAAAUAAUCAUCAAUGUUGCUGGUGGGUGCAUCUGUUGUAGAAAGGGACCUGCUCCAUCCCAGUCUAACUGGAUUAUUGCCUUGGUCUGCUUUGUCGUUUCCUGGUUCACUUUUGUAAUAGCGUUUCUCCUUCUGCUGACGGGAGCUGCCCUGAACGAUGAAACGAGCCAGGAAAGGAUUAGUGCAGGUAACUCCUACUGCUACAUUGUGAAACCGGGGGUUUUCGCUGGCGGGUCUGUGCUCUCGCUCGUCAGUCUCGGCCUCGGGAUCGUGUACUAUCUGACCCUGAACUCUGCUAAGCACAACGCCUCCUCCCCGGCUGCAGCCACCGCACAAACUGCUGGCAUAGCAAUGGGGCAACCUCCUGUGCAGAGAGCGGGGGACCCUGUCUUCGUUCACGAAGAUACCUACAUGAGAAGACAGUUCACUUGACAGAUUGGCAAAUUUUAAAAGUAGGAGGAUAAUGUUAGAGAAAGAUACGAUUUCUGUUAAUGACCGUUGGGAUAUGAUUGUAAUGCUGUGUUGUGUUCCGUAGUUGCAACAGAGUGUGUGUAAGUAUGUAGUUUGUGAACAUUGGAAUGGGUGUUCAAUGGUUCCAUCUGGUCAAA